AUGGGUUGGCCCUAUCGUUUCCUCACCCUCUCGCCCGAGGAGGUCCAGCUUCGCCGCCAGGCAUUGGACCGUUAUGCUAUCUACGCCCAGAUGUCGGCCUUGCUGCCCAUCUUCAUUCCCUUGAUCCAGCGAAUCGUGGAACGGUACACACGCGGUCGAGAGGUCACUCGAGGCGCCUACGAUGUCGUGCCUGACUCGCCAUUGUUCAAGAGCCGGAAGGGUACUGUCGUUGGCCGCUUGCUGGCGAAAGCUCGAAUCGUCCAAUGGUGGUCGAGAGAUGAGGUCAUCAUCAACGGGCAGUCCUGGGGUACGAGAGACCAAUGGAUGGUCGGUAUGGCGUCGAUGAUCUGGAUGCUGGUGUUGUGCAUCGCAGGUACUGGCGAAGACUACCUCCACUUCACCAAACGCCUGGGCACUAUUGCAACGGCCCUCAUGCCCUUCCAGUAUCUGCUCAUCCUCAAGUCCUUCAGCCCCCUGGCCUGGGUCUUCAACACGUCUCACGAGACCCUCAACCGCUGGCACCGAGUCCUCGCACGAGUCAUCACAGCCCUGCUCGUUCUCCAUGCCGCCUGCUACCUCAACUACUUUGCCCAGGUCGGCAUCCUGCAGCGGCGUCUCUUUGCGCCCGUCGUCUUCGCCGGCGUGGUGGCCUUCGCUGGUCUCAAUCUCCUCAACACGACGGCCCUGCGCGCCGUGCGUGCCUGGUCGUACCGCGUGUUCUUCAUCACCCAUCUCGUCGUUGCCUUUGCCAUCCCGCCUCUCAUCUUCAUCCACGCUCCCUCCGCUCGUCUGUCCGUCGGCACGGCCCUCGCGCUCUUGCUUACCGACCUCGCCGUGCGCCGCCUUCGCACGACAACCUCCCAAGCUACGCUCGAAACCAUCCCCGGCACGACCCUCGUCAAGAUCAUGGCCUCGAUCCCCGGCCCCAAGGUCAACGCGUUCCGGGCCAAGCCGGGAGCGCACAUAUACCUCUCCAUUCCCGCCGCCGCCCGUCCAAUCGCCUCCAAUGACGCCCUCCUCUACGAAUUCCUCUUUAACCCGUUCACCGUUGCCGACGUCGAUGACCACACGGGCGCCCUGACCCUCGUCGCCCGCCAGCGCGACGGGCCCCUGACCCGUCGCCUCGCCCAAUUCGCCCAGCACGGCGACAUGGCCAUGCCAUCAUCGACAACGACGACCGUCUUCCCCGCCACCGCCACAGUGCCCCUCUCCAUCGAGGGCCCCUACGGCGCCAUGUCGAGACACUUUGCCCAGAUUGCCUCGCCCUGCACAGACCGCGUGCUGCUGAUCGCCGGCGGCGUCGGCGCCACCUUUGCCGUGCCGCUCUACCGCGCCGUGCUCGCCGAUCACCCCGCCGCCAAGGUUGAGCUCGUCUGGGCGAUUCGCGCCGCAGGCGACGCGACGUGGGCCGUGACGGGCCGUGGCGACAGUGUGCUCGAGGACGAGAAUGUCAACAUUUUCCUGACGGGCGAUCUGGGCGUCGGCACGGCUGUCGGCGUGUCGGAGCCGCGGCGCGCGAGCUUCGCAUCGUCGUCAGAUGCGGGCGGUGGCGCCUCUGGCGACGCCGGCGAAGAGCUAAACAGCUUGUACCGCGACAGAAGGCGCGCCGGUGGCGGCGGCGGACGGUGGACGAGCAGCCAUAACCGUCGGAGGCCGGACUUGCGCAGGAUUAUCGACGAGACGUUUCGCGGCGGGGCCGACGAGAGGGUUGCUGUGCUCGUGUGCGGGCCGGCAAACAUGGCGAGAGAGGUGAGGAGGCAUGUGGGCGCGUGGGUGUACCGGGGCCGGGAUGUCUUCUUCCACGAUGAGAGUUUUGGAUGGUGA